CGUGUGUGUGUGUGCGUAUGUGUGUAUGUGUUGUUGUUGAAGCAAUGAUGGCGGCAGCGGGAUGCGGAUCAGCAACCGCGGCUGCCGUAGGAGGCCAAGGUGGAACUGCUACGGCCAGAGGUCGUUUCCCUGGUCGGCCAUGGUCUUCGCGUAGUCGUUUGCGUUCCGAGAAGCGAUGGCAACUCGGAAGAUCAGGCUUUGAAACUGACGAUGUGACUAACGGAGGGCCAAGGCCCGCAAACCUGGUUCUGUCGUUAAACGAAGACCAGUCUCACUUGCGCUUACUGGGGAUAGAGGCAAGUCACAAGAUCCUUGGCCAGGCUGGAUACAGCUCUAGUGAGAGUGAAGAGGUGAGGUCCCAAAUCGACCCAGGAGGGGAAGACUUCAAAGGAUUUGAAGCUGAGAAGAAAUGCUCCAAAAAACCUGUAAUAGCUCAACAAAAUUCUUCCAAAGGGGUUGGUGUCAAAACCAAAUUGAAGCGACCGCGGGAAAAGACGCCAGCGGUGGAGGCAGCCAUUCCCCCAGACCUCAUAAAAGAAGAAAACUGUUUGGAAGAAAUAUCUAGCACACCUCUCGAAGUGGCACCAGCAAAGAAUUUGAAGAAGGGUUCAAAAGGAAAAAGCAAUUCAGAUCGUCAGUCCACUAAGAACAGAUCUUCAGCAGCACCAAGGAUAACCAUAAAGUUAGUGGCCAAAAAGCAAAUCAGAGCCAUAAAGAAGCCUCGGAAAAAAUCUGUGAAGGAGUUGAAGAUUACGGAGAUUCAUGAUGAGCCUAAUGCCCAGAACACUCAGGGUGAGCAGAUUUUAAGUGAUCAUGUUAAGUUAAAACCCGAACCACUGGAGGACAAGUGCAGCCCGCUGGAGAAAAGAGCUGGAAAUGGACCUCCAAGAAGGCGAGGGAGAUCUGCCGUCAAGACAGCAGAACCCGAAGGCCAGACUACUGCCAAAGUUGGGGUUAAUGACCAAAAAUCGAAAGAGAAAGAACUGUCUGACACUGUAAAGGACAAUGGGUCUGCUGAGCCAAAACUGAAGGCAUCAAAGAAAAAGAAACCAGGCAAACUUGUCACACGCAGGAGUAAUAGAGUCGCUAACCCAGUCUCUAAAAAAGUCCUGGAGAGUCCGGAGGACGUUGGAGCUCAGGAGAAAAGUGAUCAAGCUGAGCCCAAGAUGGAAGUUUCACCAACGGUGGAGACUAAACCAUCAAAAAAAAGAGGAGGAGGACAGGAGCGGAAGGAAGGCCGGAGGCAAAGCAGAAGACUAAAUAAGGAUAUUCCGGUACCAGAUUGCCAGGGCUCGUCCUCAGCAGAGACAAAUAGUUUAGUUGUCCAGCCAAGUGAGGGUUUGCCUUUUAAAAAUGAGAAGCAAAGGGUUCCAAGCUUAAAGCUGAUAAAGAUCAAAAACCCCAAGUAUGGCGCACAGGCCAGUGGGAAGGCUUCAUCGCGGAAGAAAAAACGGAGAAAAUACAUCUGGACGUUAGCAUUAGUGAAGGUCGGGGGUCAAGGUGAUGGAAAUGCUGUCAAAACACAGCCGGAGACCAUCGACAGGGAGGAUCCGUUUGUUCCUUGUGAUACCAGCGUCCAGAAAAGCUGUAAGGAUCCAGGUGAGAAAUCCAAACCGGAAAAUGGAACCUUAAAAGACAGCGGUGACGCUGAUGCUAGUCAUUUAGUUCCGAAAAAGACUUUAGAAAAGUCUAGUUUACAAGCGGACGUUCCCAUAGAUCCCUCACCCGAAACACCUCAAGAAGUCCCUAAAGCUGACUGCGAGAAAGUGCCGCCCCUUCAGAUUAAAAAGGUCUCAUCUCCUGGCAAGAACAAGAGUUCCAAGCCCUCCUUUUUGAUCCAACAGGUUAGCCCCGUACCUGACAAGAAAGAGGAGGUUCAGCAAGAUCCAGGUGACGUUCCGGAGGAUAAAACAUCCUGUCCGGAUGGUGAAGCUACACCUGCUAGGAGACUAAGAAGAAGAACGUCUAACCUCGAUUCUCCACAGAGUAAGACCGUCACUAAGAAGCAAGGUGGUGCUCAGAAAAGGAGGCUUAGAGCAAAACCUCAAGGUGAAGAUGCUCCACAGGUGCAAGCUGAAGUUUCUUCUCAGGUUUCCACUGAAAAUCUCAGCCCACAAGUUCUUCCCGAAAACCCAAGUCCUGUUUUGGCUGGAGACGCGCCGCAGGUGUCCAGUGUGAACUCCUCCGAAGACCUUGACAGGGACAUCUCAAAAUAUGCUGACCCCCAAUCCCAGUUGCCAGGUGAAGUUUCCCCUAAGAAGGUGGAGAAUGAGGCGGAGCUUCAGAGUAAAGAGGCCAAACCCUUGCCUGUGCCUUCCAAACCAAGGAGAUGUAGAAACAAUAAAGUUGGGAAAAAGAAGUCACUCCAGAAGAAAAAUGCAGCGGUUUCUCCCGAUACCACAGUCAGCGCAGCUGUCGGCCCGGUUGAUUCCACGAAUGUAGAUCCGGUUUUAAAGGAAGACACUCCGCCUGCAGUCGAAGAAGUGCUUCAGCCAGAACCAAAAGAGUGCCUCCAGCCAGAAACCCAGCAGGUCCCUCUGCCUCUGUCGGUGGAGGAGGAGCCCAUACAGCUGCCGGUGAAAGAGGAACCGGACCUGCAGUUGAUCGAUAGCCAGAGGUCCGUGAUGCCAGAGAGUCGAGCGAUUGCUCCAGAACCAUCAAAAAAGAGCCUCAAAAAGCUGAAAAAGCGGCGCAUCAACACAGUGGGACCGCCGCAGAAACACAGGCACAGAGGGAAGGAUGGAAAGUUCGCUCCUUUAAAAUCCCGCAAAAACCUGAGCAGUUGUGAUGUCCAGGUAGACGGAGAGAUUUCCACCUCACUUGCAGCUGCUGCUCCUUCCCCAACCUCCAGGCUCGUGGGAGUGCAUAAAAAGUACAAAAAGGGGCGAGCAGGCCUCAAAUACGUUGAAGGCAAAAGGCCACCGCAGCAAACUAAAAUCAUUUCUACUCUCCUUGAAAUGGGGCUGGACAAAGGCGGUCUGAAACAGGAGGAAGCUGACACGCCGGUGGACGGGAGGCAAGCAGACGGCGCCGCGGCCCAUCCGGGUAAAUCCAAGUUUGUCAAAAACAUCAAGCACUUCAUCAUGCCGGUCGUGAGUGCCCGAUCCUCGCGAGUGAUCAAGACCCCCCAGAGGUUUAUGGACGAUGCUGGGAUGUCUGUUCUGCCACGAAGAAACUCCCCAAAGAAAGGUUCCCAGUUUGUCUUGCAGCCGCGUCCGGGGAAGAAGAGAGAUGAUGAUGAUGUGGAGAGAGCGAUAUCCCCCAUACUUCCAAUCGAUGAGGAGGACAUAUUGAGUGAAGCUCAGCUGGAUGUCGAUCUGUUCACUGCUCAGGAUUUUGAAGACAGCCUUGACAUAGCUGAUUCGUUGUUUUCUGAAAGACAGUGCGGCACGAUAGAAAACAGGAGUUCCUUUCUGAAGAACUCCAGCUUCAAGUGGCACAUGCCUGAGGAGGCGGGUGAGGAAUUGUAUACACUGAAUAAAAGUCCAGAGAGGAAAUGCGAGGAUCUCUUACUCUCCACUCCGGUUAACAAGUCAAUCGAGCUGUCAUCUGGCUUCCUGGGAGAUCUGAAAAAGAAAAGUUUGCCUAAGUUUAACAAGCAGGCCGCUCACCUGAAGAUCUAUCAGAGGCUGAAGAAACCCCACAUGGGACUUCCUAAGAGCAGGAUGACCGCUGAGCCAGACUGUUUGAGCAAACCCCUUCCACCUUCAAUAGACUUAGCCGAAGGACUGGACGACGAGGCCAUGAGCAUCAGUCUAAGGCAACGAGAUACAGUCACAGAGACGGAGAAGUCCAAGCUAAAGAUCGAGGACCUCAACACUCCUGGGGUCAUUAGGAAGGUUUGUGUUCGGGCUACCAACUCCACAUCGCUGGUGUUGCACCACAGCGAAGAGGAGGAAAUAGAAAGGAAAGAAGCUGUAAAGAUUCCCACUGGAGAGCUGCGGGCGAGGCCAAACUCGGGCGCGGCUGCAUCUACGGAGAAGCGUGCACGCCUCACUGGUGCAAAUAAAAGAAUGUUCAAUCUCCUCAGGAAAGCCAAGGUUCAACUCUUUAAAAUUGACCAGCAGAAGCAGCUGAAAUCUUCAGGGCUGUUGUCCGCCACAACCGGAGGCAGACCUCAAGAUUUAGCAUCCAAGAGACAGAGAAGGAAGCAGAGGGUGCAGCCUCAUCCGAGUGUUCCAGUCAAGACUGAGCCCCUUCAAGCACAACCCCCGCUCAUCUCCCCGCUGUGCCAGGAGUUCAGAAGAGCAGGAGGUCCUCGGAUCAAGCACGUGUGUCGAGCUGCCUCUGUGGUGCUCGGGCAGCCUCGAGCGCUCGUGCCGGAUGACAUUCCCAGACUAAGCGCCUUGCCACUGCAUGAAAGAUCUGGUAUUUCUCCAUCACCCAUCGCUAAAGAUAUUGGAUCUCCAUCUGAGUCCGACAGCCCCGAAUUGUCUGAUCAAAAAGUAACCAAGUCGAAAAAGCCAACAAACUUUGGAAAAAGGAAAGGGCUGGGACCGUUUGGGUACCGCUCCCGGAGGUGUGGGGUGUGCAAAGGCUGCAACCACGAGGAGGACUGCGGCAAAUGCAUAAACUGCCUCGACAAACCCAAGUUUGGAGGGCCCAACACAAAGCGGCAGUGUUGUGUCUAUAAGAGAUGUGAUCAGAUCGAAGAAAGAAAGGCACGCAGACUGAGUGGAAGAACGGCACCCAAAGGUUCCUCAAAGCGCCGCCGGCGGUCGUUCAGUGGGGGUCAUUCCAGUAACGAGGAAGGCAACGACGGCGCUGUGGACUCUCCAUCGGCUGACGGGCAGAGUCCGUCUGUAAGGAAGCAGCCGAAGCGCGUCGUCAAACCUCGUGUCUACUUUGACCUGGUGGAUUAUGACUCCGAUCUGGAUGAUAAGGCCUUCUCCAGCUCUGCCUCACCAGCGAGGAGAAGGGGUGCUGGACCUCGCUUCAGUCAAGACAAUGUCGGGGAAUUAGCCAGUUCAAGUUUUGUGCUUUCCUCCUGUCUUGAAGACUUUGUUUCUCUUGAUGGGUUCUUGGAAGACACCUCAGAGGAUGAAUUCAGACAUCGAAAAUCCAGCUCCCAUCGUGUGCCACAGGGUCGACGUAAACCUGAGAAGGGUCUCCCAUCUCCGGCUGCGUUGGAACAGACUCCUCCGAGUGUCCUCGCAGCUCUGGCCCACGGAUUCGAACAACGACACGUCGAGUCUUCUAAACCUACUCACAAAAUCCGGGUCGACUUCAAGGAGGACUGCACCUUAGAGAACGUUUGGAAUAUGGGGGGUUUGAGUAUACUGAGUUCUGCCCCUGUCAUGCCACCUUACGUUUGCUUCCUGUGUGCCAGUAAGGGGCAACAUGAGAUGUUGCACUGCCAAGUGUGCUGUGAGCCCUUCCACCGGUUUUGCCUUGAACCAGCAGAGCGCCCCUCUGAGGAGAACAAAGAAAAUUGGUGCUGCAGACGCUGCAAGUUCUGUCAUGUGUGCGGCAAGAAGAACCAGCUGACUAAGCCUUUAUUAGAAUGUGAGCGGUGCCAGAACUGUUAUCACGCUUCCUGUUUGGGACCCAACUAUCCCAAACUAAACAAGAAAAGGAAAGCCUGGGUUUGUAUGCGAUGCAUCAGGUGCAAAAGCUGCGGUGUCACGCCGGGCAAGAGUUGGGAGAUUGACUGGAACCACGACAAAGGCCUUUGUCCAGACUGUUCAAAACUUUACGAGCAGGGGAACUACUGUCCAAUCUGCUUCAAGUGUUACGAAGACAAUGACUACGACAGUCAGAUGAUGCAGUGCGGCACAUGUAAUCACUGGGUACACGCCAAGUGUGAGGAUCUGACAGACGAGCUGUAUGAAAUCCUGUCCAGUUUACCAGAAAGUGUGGUGUACUCGUGUCGGCCGUGCAGCGUCACCCAGCCCAGUGCCUGGAGGGAGCUUCUUUACAUUGAACUCAGGGCAGGGGUGGAGAAAGUCCUGGCAUGCUUACUCUCCUCCACCCUCACCCAGCACCUUGUCACAUGCUCACAGUGUGAAAAGCUGGUUGAUCCUGACAGUGGGGUUGAAGGCAGGCCGGCCUGUGACCUCCGAGCUGUUGGCAAGAAGUUUGAUAAAAGCCUUUAUACAUCACUGAAAAUGUUUCACGAAGAUGUGGUUCAGGUGAUACGAAAGAGGCUCGAACAAGAAGACGACCUUCCUGACGAGCGGAGGCCCACUGCCCUGGCACGCUCCUACUACUUAAAGCUCCUUGAAGAGGUUUUCAACUGGUUCAACAGCCAAGACCCAAAGGUGUGGAACCCUUGUACCAAAGACUUGCCCGUGGGGAUGCUGUCCAGUGGUGUCUGUCCCCCCACAACAGAACAUGUGUACGCGCAGUGGCAGGAGCGGGAGGAGCAGUCGUCCCGGCAUCCACUGGGUCUUCUGCAGGAGGACAACCGGCAGUUUUUGGACAUUAAGGAAGAGGAUGGGGCGUCUCCGAUGUUGGGUGAUCCAGCGAGCCGGAACUAUUUCAAAAGCAGCAGGGCUCUCAAAUUUAAAGGAAAAAGAGGGAGGCUUAUGAAGGCUGACUUUGACACUGGUUGGUCUAAAGACGAUGAGAGGCAGUGUUCUUUGUGUCAGAAAUAUGGCGAUCUCAAACCUGAUGAAGCAGGAAGGUUGCUGUAUCUGGGCCAGAACGAGUGGGCCCACGUCAACUGUUGUCUGUGGUCUGCAGAGGUGUUUGAAGAGGACAACGGCUCUCUGCUGCAUGUACACAGCGCUGUCACAAGGGGGCGCUUGAUGAGGUGUGAGCGCUGCAAUAAGACGGGCGCCACCGUAGGCUGCUGCCUGACAUCCUGUCAGAGCAACUACCACUUCAUGUGUGCGCGUUCCAGGCAGUGUGUCUUCCAGGAUGAUAAGAAGGUGUACUGCUACAAACACAGGCAUCUCAUCAGUGGCAGGAUGAUCACCGGCCAAGAAUUUGAAGUCAACCGCAGAGUGUAUGUAGAUUUUGAGGGAAUCAGCCUCCGCAGAAAGUUCUUGACUGGAUUGGAACCAGAAUUUAUCAAUGUGAUGAUUGGCUCUUUGCAGAUCGACAAACUAGGUGUCCUGAGUGAACUUUCAGCGAGCAAAGGCAAAUUGUUUCCUGUUGGGUUUCAAUGCUUUCGGUGGUACUGGAGUACAGUUAACCCUCUCCGCCGGUGCAGAUACACAUGUACAGUCCGUGAGGUGCGCCCAGUUGUCCCAGAGAAACCUAUUGAAGAAAUGCCUGACCAAGGAGACAAUCUCACCAUUGCUCACAGCCCCCGUCAACUUCCUGAAUCUCAAGCCCAAGAGAGAGUUUCAACAGAACCCCACCUUUCAUCUGAAGAAGCGUCAGUCCAAGGUCAUUUCAUAAAAUCCGACCACAGCACAAGGCCAAAGAUUCCCAGGAGGCCAGCGGGAGGAUUGUCCCGACCUCUGCCAUCCCCAGGUGCAACCCAGACAAAACCCCACCAUAUCCUGACCAUAAGUGAUCUAGAAGAGACUCGAAGAGCUCGUCGCCACAGCCCACACUCACAAUCCUCUGGCAUACGUGGUCAUGGUCCUCCAACUCCCUUAGGUCCUUUACCUGGUCCAAUUACGCUCCGUGCCGGCAAAUCUUCACUGCCCACCUCCCCUUUAUUGCCACUCGGUUCUUCUGAUAGUCUGAUCAACUCUCCCUUAUCCCGCCCCGCUGGAGGUAGAACACACUGUACAUCGUCGUUCUUUCCUCAGUCUCCUUGGCAGGACAGUACCACCUCAGCAAACCUGCCUUUCUCUACAACCAUGCAGCAUUUACCCCGGAAUCGAUUUUCAUUUGAUCUCAGCCAAUCAGAUUCUGUUGAAGUGCCGCACAACUUUUUAGCUUCCCCUGAACCCGAAGACGUUACACCAAAUCCUGCAAAUGGUACAUCCCCUCACAGAGAGUUGGAAAAACAAAGAGACAAGUUUUCUUAUGACGCCUUUCACAAAGACUCGAGCAUAAGUCUGAACGAAGAGAUGAGGACCGAACUAGAGAUUGAAGAAACAUUCCUGAAUGAAGGGGUUGCGAUGAACUGUGGGGGGCAAAUAGUGGUGGAAGAAGACGAUCAGGAGGAGUUCUGGGAAACGGCAGAAGAGGUCCCGAAGACCAAAACCGUUGCUAACAGUCUUCCGCUGCUUGCAGCCUCAGCCAAGGAAGACUUGGGGAACACAUCCUCUGAAGAUGACAUGGAGCACUAUUUUGAUUUUUCACGAACUAUAGUCAGCUGCCAAUCAUCAAAAGAUCGCUCCAAGUCUCCCUCCUCUUCUGCAUCUCGACAUUUGGCUCAGCUGGAUGGGAUCGAUGAUGGCACAGACAGUGACGCAAGUGUUGCAACCACAGAUGAUGCUCAGAAGGUGUUCGGGCCCGGGAAAAAUCCGAUACAAAGCAAAAAUCUGAACAAAAAUCUCCCAAACAUUGAAAUUACAAACAGUUCACUGACCCCGAACACAUCACUGGAAAGCAGGGGAAUGGAGUCUUCUUCUGCGACAGCCUCAACUAUCGGAAAGGUUACGCAUGACUGUUCACACCUACAUCCGUUGAAACCACUUGAUUCCAGUCAGAGCUCAGACUCUCCAGCAAAUCAGGAAAACUUAUUUUCUGCUCUCGACGACGACUCUUUCCCUAACUUGCUCAUCAAAAUUCCAGAGACGACAUAUUCAGAGAAAUUGUUGGAAACUCCCCUUUUAGCUGAAUGCGAAAAUGCCCCCCAUCUUACUGAGCUGCUUCCUGUUCUACAAGACACACCUCUCCAGACCCAGCUUGAAACCUGUAAAGCCCUGGACCUAGAGCCUGACGAUGGCGCCUUUGUUUCGUUGGCAGAGGGGUCCGCCGCGUUGGUGAAUCACUUAACAUCUAACAUGGUAGUGCCUUCAUUAGCAGAUUCUGCAGUCAAAAGCCAGGACGCCGUGCUGGGUCUGCUUGAGUCAUCCCCUCUACUGUCUGCAGAUGCACACAUCUCUUCAGAAAGCCUUGUGGACUCCCUCCAGAUGGAUUCUUCUUUACCCCCUCUCACAAGCAUCACUCUUGAACCAGUGACCACUCCGGAGUCAAUGUUGCCGUGCACAGGACCUUCAGCUGCUAAACUAACAACGCUCACUUCUGUAGGAGAAGUUAGACAAACACAGAUACAUAUUUCCACUCAAAAUGAUCCAGUGCUAGGAACGACUGUCCCUUGCCCCCCAGCAGGAUCUUGCCAAGCGGUUUCCGUGCCUUUGUACUCCACACAAGCGCAGCCAUUCGGUUCAGCGGCUGUCACCAUCGUUUCCUCCUCUGCCUCGGUAGCUUCACUUUCCGGACUGAUGACGCGCUGUUCGGCUGCUGCGAUACCGCUGCAAACCACCUCCACCCCAGUGGUCCUAAACGGUUACAGCUCCACAUCUUUGCAGAAGGAAGCCACAUCUGGGCACAUGAUUUCUAUCAACUUCUCCACCCCCAGGCCAGCUCUAGAACCUCAGCAGCCAGUGCUUCCCCAAGCAUUACCUGGACAUGCCAUCCUCACUGUGAAAGAGGUGGGAGGUCCUAAUGUAGAUCCGACACCACAUGUUCUACUGGUUAACCGGCUCGGGCAAAUCUUUGUGAAAAACCCAGAAAGUAACACCUUCCAGCUUCCCACUCCCAACUCCCCUUCUUAUAACUGUGUCAACCAGAUUGCCAGCCUUUUGCAGAGCAAUGCCCUUUCAGCCACACUGGCAGCAGCCGGCAACGUUUCUUCUCCGACAGUUGGAGCCAGCAUAGCGACGGCUGUCCCCGCAUCACUCACACCCGGGGUGCAGAAUCCAGCAACGGUUACACAGCUGCUCGCCCACAAUAGCAACGGUGCAGUGGCAUCAGUGAGUGUGAAAAAGUCCAAGAAAACCCCAAAAUCUUCAAAGGAUGAAACAGUGCCAGAGUUGAAAAAACCAAAAAAGAAGAAAGAGAGUCACUCUUCUAAAAAACCAAAAACAUCAAAGGUUGCAGGGCAGUCAUCUGAAAACACACCUGUAGCCCCUGUUGAAAGUGCCCAAGCAAUUAUCAAUCAAGCAAUGGCGAGUAACUACACCCCCAAGUGGGGUGGGCUACGAACGAUGAGCCCCUCUUCGCUGGUUCUCCCACCGGGUCUUCUACUUGAACCAGAACCUCCAGCAUCACCCCCCUCCCCAGCCCCGGCGCCACCACCUGCAUCUCGGCCUCGCACCCAUGUCCGGAUGAAAAGGGUGUCUUCGCUUUCGGACCGUAUUGUCAUAAAAAAGUCCAAAGUGGACUUCCUGCAACCAGAACCCAGCAGCGAAGAUGAGAAGCCUCCGAAAAUCACCUUUCCCAGCAUCUCCAGUCGGGCCUCAGGAGUGCGGAUCAAGACCCCGACUGUGAAAGGAGUCCUAAACCUGGAUGAGCUGACAGAGGAGCACUUAAGUGAUUCUGAGAGCUCAGGCUCAGAGCCGUGGGGUUAUUUGUCUCAGGGUGAACAAGACAAACCAUUUGCAUGGGAAACUGCGGGACACAGCAUUCUGACCGACUGGAAAAAAUACUCUGGUGCUGCUUGUACAUCAGAUGACGACCUGCCUUUGUCCGAAGAGGAUGAGGAAUGCCCAACCAACAAAGACCAGCCACAUUUGCGAUUUGAAAUAACCAGUGAGGAUGGAUUCAGUGUAGAAGCAGACAGUAUUGAGGUGGCUUGGAAAGCAGUGAUCGAUGGUGUGCAGGAAGCUCGCGCUAUAGCAAAGCUGAGGCCCCUGACCUUCCAGAGAGUCACAGGGGCCGGCAUGCUGGGAUUGGUACACGACACAGUGGUUUUCCUGUUGGAACAACUUGAAGGAGCUCACCGUUGCCAGAAGCACACUUUCCGUUUCUUCAAACAGCAGAGCCCAGAUGAUGAUCUUCCUGUUAACCCUAAUGGCUGUGCUCGGUCUGAGCUGUAUCUCAGGAAGUCUACGUUUGAUAUGUUCAACUUUUUAGCUUCUCAGCAUAGACAGCUUCCUGACAUAGGGCCUUAUGAUGACGAAGAAGAUGAGGUUCUUUUGAAGUCUACUAGACGAGCCACUAGUUUGGAGUUACCCAUGGCCAUGCGCUUCAGACACCUGGAGAGAACAUCCAAAGAGGCCGUGGGAGUCUACAGGUCUGCCAUCCAUGGCCGUGGCCUCUUCUGCAAGAGGAACAUUGAAGCAGGCGAGAUGGUCAUCGAGUAUGCAGGCAUUGUGAUCCGCUCAGUGCUCACUGACAAAAGAGAAAAGUACUACGACGGCAAGGGCAUCGGCUGCUACAUGUUCCGGAUAGACGACUUUGACGUGGUGGACGCAACUAUGCAUGGCAACGCAGCGCGGUUCAUCAACCACUCUUGUGAGCCCAACUGCUACUCAAGGGUGAUCAACGUGGAGGGACGCAAGCAUAUCGUCAUCUUUGCUCUAAGAAAAAUCUACCGGGGGGAGGAGCUCACUUAUGACUACAAGUUCCCCAUUGAAGACGCCAGCAACAAACUGAACUGCAACUGUGGUGCCCGGCGAUGCCGCCGAUUCCUCAACUGAGUGGUAGAGGGAACGGAGUGGAUCCCCGUUCACUAGUAAGCCUUAAGUUAAGGAGGCACUGGAUUGGGCGGAGAGAGACUAUGGGCACUCUGUGCAGCAGAAGGGGUUGGAGAUGGGAGUAGCCACUAUGAAACCAGUCCGAGGUAAUAUGGAGACAUUUUUGUGGCUCUGAGAGCACCAGAAGUCAGAAGAUAAUGCCUCAUGACCUACUUAUGCUUCAAAGGACUUUCCACUUGUGCUGCAAAGCCGUAGGAGUAAAGAAGCAGUCUGUGUCUAAACCGACAACUUCCAAAACCAACCGUUCAAGGAAAGGGAUUUCUUAGAUCUCUGAAAGGAUGCCAACCACAGUUUUUGGAGACACACGCCAGGCCUUAUGUGUUUGAAUCAUUGCUGAAACUCUGUAUUUUUGUUUGGGGUUUAGGUUUUUUUUAGUUGGACGAUACAGGUCUUAUCAUGAUCGCUCACAAAUGAGAAGAUUUUAGCCACAUCCACACAGUCGCAUCUUUUUCUUGAGCCACACAAACCAGUUUUUGUACAUUUUAUCCUUCCUUCAACACUUUCAACUUUCCUCAUUCUGUUAGGGUUUUUUUUUUGGGGGGGGGGGGCGAAAGAAACUAUGGUGCUAAGCUUUGAAAGCAGUCUCAUUAGUUGUCUUGUGAAUUAGGGAUUAUUUAGCUGUUAAAUUGCUGUUGUGGUCCAUCUUAAGUGACAGGACCUGUGCAGGACUCCUAUCAGUGAUGAAUCAUUAGCUAAGUUCCAGUUUAAAGCAUCUGCUAGUUUUCUCCUGCUGUCUUCCCUUUAGUUUUAGUUUGUUCAAAUAUAAUGGUUUCAGUCAGUUGUAUAGUGUCGAAGCAGACAACAGCAUGUCUUAAAAGUUUUUUUUUUUUUAAAGAUCAGUGUACAGUGUAUGUAGCAAACACUACCCAAGCCAAAAGUGACAUUUUGUGGUGGAAAUCCUCCUUUUUUUUUAGAUAUAUAUAAAUAUAUACAUAUAUUUUAUUACUGUCAUGGCAGAUGCUCAUACUUAUUGCAAUAAGACUUUGCUGCCCAACAGUUGCACAUAAAUAAAAACAUCCAACAUAGAAAGACAUGAUUUCCACUGUUGUGGAAUCUGCUACAGUCUCUUAAUCAGGGUGAUCACUGGUACUAGAAAAAAAAAAAGAUAAAAAAAAAAAUCUAUGGCUACUGAGUGUGCAUGUUCAGCUCCUGAAGCAGGUUACUGAAUUCAGCGGGAACUUUUGUAAGUUGAUGUUCAGUUUCUGUCAGUGGUGAACGGGUUUUUUGAAUUCACACACUGUUCUGAUUGGUAAUAUUUAUUCAUGGUUUGGUUUCUGUUUUUAAUGGCUAAAGGUGGUCUGUGUGUGAGAGGUGGCAGACAGGUUUCUAAGCAGAUUGGUCCUUCUUUUGCAUCCUUCAUUUUUGUUUACAGCCGUCUUUUGUUUCCAUUUUUGUUUACUUGAAUUUGUUUCCUGUUUUAGGCUGUUGUGUCACGUGAAAGCCUUUAUGAUGUGCUCUAAAGAAAUUUCUUUUAUUUUUAUUUUUUUUUUUUAAAGCAACUUUUUUUUUAACUUUAUUUUUAAUUUCUUAUCUUAAAUUAGUGAUGGUCAUAGCAGCCAGGAGUAAAAUUUGCCCUCAAUUUAUCCACUCCCUACUCUUCCCACGUCGUUUUUAGAACAAAAUCACAUUGAGAGUUUAUUUUUUAUGUUUUAUUUUUGCCUUCUGCAUGUCCAAUCACUGGGAUGGAAACCCAGACAAACUCAUGUCAAUCAUCUCAUUGACAAUAAGAGCCGUCACCCCCAACUCCUUGCAAGGAUUCUACCUCAGCUGUUCAGACAGAUGUUUGGGAAUACUGAUGCAAAAAGAGGAUGAUGAUUUAAAAAAAAAAAUAAUAGAAAAAUGUAAAAAAAAAAAAUAGUUUGGUUUUAAAAUCCUAGUCUGUCUGUCUGUGUGUUUGUUACUGUGUGUGUGUGCGUGCAAUGAAGGAUGCAGAAGCACUAGUUGAACGUUGAAUACGACCAUCUCCCAGGAUCUGUUAAAAAAAAACCUGUAAUGUUAUAUAAACACACACACAUAUAAAUAUAUAUAUAUAUAUAUAUAUAUAAAUAUAUAUAAAUAAUAGGGUUAUUUUAAAGUGUAAAAGACAUACAGAUGAUUAAAAUAUGUGCUCUUUAAAUUUGAGUCUUUGUUACCAUGUACAAACUAAACCCUGAGUUUGUAAAUAUUUGUAUACGUAUUUCUAAACCUGUUUAAUUUUCUAUGCACUUUUUUUAUUUAUAAUUUUAUUUGCCUAAUAAAGAUGUUAAGAUGU